AUGAAAAUUCGCUGGCCAAAGGGUUUUGGGCAUUUAUCUAGCAAACAUGGUUCAAACGAAAUAGACUAUAAAGAACAACAACUUAAGUUAAGUAACUUGCUUGAGAACUUCAAUUUGGAUUUAGAAAAUGUCAGUGAAUCCGAUUAUAAACUGUUUUUCAGAUUUUUGAAAGCAAGACAAUUUAAUGUCGAAAAAUCAACUGAAAUGCUAAAUAAAUAUUUUGAAUGGAGGGGAAGAAAGAAAGUAUCAGAGCUAAUUAAUACAAUACAAAUACCAAUAAAAAUUGACUUAUAUCAAAGAGCAUAUCAUGGCAUUGAUAGGAUGGGCAGGCCAAUAUAUAUUGAUUGUAUUGGGAGCAGUAAUAUUAAGAAAAUGUUGGAAUUGUAUUCUGAAAAAAAUUUUUUUAAUCAAUGGAUAUAUGAAUAUGAGUUUCUUGUUAACGUAAUGUCAAUAUCAUGUCAAAUAUACAAUGCAUUGAAGGAACAUCUUCCUAAAGAUUCAGAUAUUACAAGCAUUAAUAAAGACGAAAUUAUGAAUUUGUUAAAUAUGGGGGAAGUUCAAUUUCAAAGUUUUUCAACAUUAAAUAUUAUUGAUAUGAAUGGCUUUAAUAUGAGUAAAUUUGAUGGGAAUUGCAGGAAAGUUAUAAAAGAGCUUGUGAAUAUUAGCCAAAAUUAUUAUCCAGAACUGCUUGGGAAAAUGAUCAUAAUAAACGCACCUAGUAUAUUUGGAAUUAUUUGGAAUUUUUUGAAGCCUUUAAUUGAUGAAAAAACUGCAAAGAAAAUAUCAAUUUAUACACAUAAUGACGAAUGGAGAUCAGUUUUAUUUGAUAUGGUUGAUUCUGAUCAAUUGCCUAAAUUUUUGGGUGGGUCUCCUAAAUACGACGGAGAAUGGUUCAAUGCAAACAUAGGACCAUGGUCUAAUCCAGUCAUCCUUGAUUGCAUUGCAGAAAAAUAUCCAAAUAUUCCAAAACCUCUAAUUUUUUCGCAUUUAACAUUAAAAAAUAACGAAAACGUUCCAGAAAACCAGCAAUUUUAG